AUUGUCCCCGUCAUCCUGCAGCCCGCUUGGCUACCCCCGCGGCUCGUCCUGCUCCUGCUGCCGGAAUGCGUCAUCGGCGGGGAGGUGAGGUUGUUCGGCAUCUCGACGCUCGUUGGCAUUACCAAGUGUCAGCCCGUCUCAUCCCAAGUCGAUAGAAUCUAUCUCGUCUGGCUCGCGCCAGUCCAGUUCGGAUGAGGCGGCUCGAGUGAGCUGCCGGUCUUUUCUUCGUUGGUUUCUCUUCGUCCCUUUUCGUUCUUGCCUUGAGGAGGAGCUCCGGCCCUGGAGCUGGGUUUGGUGGUCUGCUGCAGCAAUGGCGGACUCGGAUGAUGAGGUUCCGGUUCUGGAUGGAGAAAAUGAGGAGCUGGAUAAUUCGAAGAAGCAGGAGAGGUCGCAGGUGAGCAAGGAAAUCCCUAACUUUCGUGGGAAGGUGCCUGAUGCCGAAAAGGAAGAAGGGAAGGGGACGCUGACUGUCAGAUGGGACGAAGACGACGAAGACGAUGAGCCCGACGAUGAGGAUUAUGUGGAUUCCGACGAAGAGGACGAGGAUGCUGGAGCUGUGGGUGAGGAAUUCGCGAAGGCUAGGAGAGAAGCUGCGAGGUUGAGGCGAGAGAAAAGAUUGGAGGAAGAGGAAGCUGAAGCCGGGAGUGAUGAUGAGGAUGUCAUUGAGGAGGAGGAUAUGUGGAACUUUCCCGUCGAUGAGGAGAAGUGGACAGAGGCUGAUGUUGGCGAGGAGUGGGCUGAUGCUUGGCCAGGUGACGAUAAAGCUGGCUUUGAUCCCGAAUUAGUCGACGACGAGGAAGAAGUUUUGAAGCAGUGGAAGGAGGGAGGAGGUCCUCCGCGACGCCCGUACUAUGUUCCCUACCGGAAGCAUUAUCCUCUUAUUCCCGAAGACCACCCAGAUAUUCAGACUCCCCAGGAUGUGGUGGAGGAGCUGGAGCGUUAUGAGGAAUUUUUGACUUGGGCCAGCUACAUUUUUGAAGAUGGUUCUACAUACGAAGGCACGGUUUGGGAUGAUCUGGCGCAUGGAAGAGGCGUUUAUACAACCGCUUUGGAACUGUGCAAGUACGAAGGCGAAUGGUUUCAAAAUGCCAUGGAAGGCCAUGGUGUGCUGGAAGUUGAUGUUCCAGUUGUCGAACCUCCUCCGGAUUCUGAGGCCGCGAAGAAGCUGAAGGCUCAGGGAAAAUUGCUUCAGACAGACUUCAUGGACCAGAAGGACAAGGACUGGUUGAAACUGGAAAUCGAGGACACCCUGGAGAAUGAGGAAGACCCAAUUGACCCGAGUCCUAUUGAGGACAGCGAUAUGUGGGUGAAGCAGUUCGGGGAAAAACCUGAGAGAGGUCACUACAGAUACUCAGGACAAUGGAAACACAAUCGGAUGCACGGAUGCGGCUUGUACGAGGUCAAUGGUCGGCAAAUCUGGGGGAAGUUCUACUUUGGAGAGAUGUUGCCUGUUCCAGGAGAAUGUGACGAAGAUCAAGUUGCUGUGCAUGCAGGCAUGGCCGAAAUCGCGGCAGCGAAGGCGCGGAUGUUUGUCAACAAACCUGAUGGGAUGGUGAGGGAAUACAAGGGACCAUAUUCAGACCCCUCACACCCUUACAUGUACGAGGAGGAAGAUUUGUGGAUGGCGCCUGGUUUUAUUAACGAGUUUUAUCCAGUACCUGAAGACUGGCAGAGAUACGCAGAGGAGGUCGAUGAAGAACAAGCGAUGUGGUUGAAUUCAUUCAUUAAGUCACCUUUGAGAAUUCCUAUGCCUCCUGAACUUGAGUAUCAGUGGCAGAAAGAUGACGAGUUCGUUGUCUUGAGCAAUAGAGACUCAGAUCCGAUGAUGCAGGAUCCGGCAAAUCUAGACCCAGAAGUGGAGGGAGAUAUUCUACUACAUGUCCCAACCGGACAGCUAAUUAAUUGGGCCGAAGACAAAGACGGCAACCUACGCUUCUUUGUUCAGCCUGUUACAGAAGAUGGUGUAAUCAGGCCAGAAUUGGCUGUCCCACUACCUCUUGGUUUCGAUGAAUUUAUGGGAGAAGUUGAUUCAGAAGGGAACAAGAUUGAUGAGAGUAGAAGAAACUUAACUAUAGAAGAGAGGCAAAAGUUAGAGAAGGAGGACAAGAAAAAGGAGAAGGAUAGGCGUCUGAAAGAGGAAAUUGCGGAAAUAGAGAGGAAGGAGAGUGAGAAAAUCAAAGCACUUGAACAGGAGCUGUAUGUGAAGGAUCUGGAGAACCAACUGGAAAACGCUCUCUUGGAGGAAAGGUUUAUUGCGGAGCUUGAAGCCGAUGACGAAGAUGAGCUUACGUCGCCUGAAGUUGGCGAGGUUGACACAGCUACGAUGAAAGAAGAUAUUGAGGAAGUUCCGUCGAAGGAUGAAGAGGUCGAAGAAAGUGUUUCAAAUGUGGAAGAUGCCCGAGAGGUAGACCAGAAACAAGGGGACAAUUCUGAGGACGAUGGUUCUGAGGGAGACGAGGAUGAGGAAGACAAGAAGCCGCGAAGUUUUGGCAAGGUUGCUAUGGUGUCUCCUGAGUAUGCUAGGAGUUGCCGUCAACAAGUCGGAGCGCAACCUCCUCCAACAUUUCCCACGGUUUUUGCUUCAAUAAGUUUGAUGACUCAGACGGCUUUCAAGCAAGUUGUGGAGUCAUCUUUAUCCAGCGUGCAAAGGGUAUGGUCUUCCAAAAUACAUGCGCCUACUAUGAUUCCAAUUUCACCAAGAAUAUCGAAAAUGAAGGAAAUCAAUCCUGUAUCUUCAUCUAUUGCGGCUUCGCCUGAGAUCGUGAAACCAGUUUUUUUGAGAACUCAGACAGAAAUUAGGUGUCCGAGAUUGUACCAUACAUCAAGGGCUCGAUAUGCCGUUAAACUUCCUGCGCACAAGAAGAUGACUGCUGCCCAAGGCGUGCUGUCAUCUUUCCGCUCCCAACGAACGAGCCAGAGAGCUGCCCAUUCUGAGCUCUCAAUUAAUCAGCUUGGGUCAAGAUUGCAGUCCACAUGGACGGUACCUUAUAAUGAUGUUCUUUCAAUCGCAGUUCCAGUUCAAGUUCUUGGAGCUUAAAUUCAGCUCCAUACGGCUGAUCUAAUAUCAUGCCUCUUACGGUAGUUUCUAGAAAAGAAAGGAUUGAUGGGGCAGUGAGUACAACGUAAGUCUGAAAAUAAAGGAUUUUGUUCUCGUU